GUCCGGCCCAAACCGCUCCCGCCCUCCUACACCAAUGUGCACAUCGCCCCGGCACCCCCUCCCCCCAUGAUGGCGGCCCCCCAGCUGCUGCAGCGGCCCCUCAUGCUGGCCACCAAGCUGUCCUCCUCCUCUCUGCCCUCAGCGGCUCCCAUCCACCAGGUGCGCAUCCUGAACGGUCAGCCGUGCAGAGAGAGCAGCAACACGCUGACGGGCAUCGUGAUCACCACCCCCCCGAUGAUGACCACAACAACAACACGCCUCGCCAGCAGCGCCCUCCUGACCCCCGUCCUGACCCCUGCCCUGAAGCCCGCCCCCAACAAGCCCAUCCAGAUCAGCAGCCUGAAUGCAGAGCCCAAGCAGACUGUUAAACCCGGAGGUGGAUCUGAGCAGAAGCUGGUGAAACUGGCCUUCAUGGUGUCUCUGGGCCUCGUCACACACGACCACCUGGAAGAAAUCCAGAGCAAACGGCAGGAGAGGAAGAGGAGAACGACAGCCAACCCGGUGUACAGCGGCGCUGUGUUCGAACCCGAGAGGAAAAAGAGUGCAGUGAGUUACCUGAACAGCCCUCUGCACCAAGGGACCAGGAAGAGAGGUCGCCCUCCUAAAUUCAGCGGUGUCCCGGAGCGCCCCCCCCCGGCCUCCCCCUCCAGCCCCGUCCGCCCCCCCCCCCUGCCCAGCCCUGGGGAUGGAGACAUCCAUGAGGAUUUCUGCACUGUGUGCAGACGCAGUGGCCAGUUGCUCAUGUGCGACACGUGUUCUCGUGUGUUUCACCUGGACUGCCUGGACCCUCCCCUGAAAACCAUUCCUAAAGGCAUGUGGAUCUGUCCCAAGUGUCAAGAUCAGAUCCUGAAGAAAGAAGAAGCCAUUCCCUGGCCUGGCACUCUGGCUAUUGUUCACUCCUACAUCGCCUACAAAGAAGCUAAAGAAGAGGAGAAACUGAAGCUGAUGAAGUGGAGUUCUGAACUGAAGCUGGAGCGAGAGCAGCUGGAGCUCAGAGUCAAACAGCUCAGCAACUCCGUAACGAAAUGCAUGGAGACCAAAAACACGAUCCUGGCUCGGCAGAAAGACAUGCACCUGUCUCUGGAGAAGGUCAAGCACCUGAUCCGCCUCAUCCAAGCCUUCAACUUCAACCAGGCUCUGAAGGAGGACGUCCAGGAGUCUGCUGCCACCGUCUCUGAAGCUGCACCAGAAGCAAACUCUGUGGAGAAAGUGAAGGCUGAGAGCUCCUUCUCCACCCCCAACACCCCCACCACCAACAGCAGUAACAGUAACACUGGUGGAGACGAGAAAGCAGAGCAGCCCGGAGCGUCAGGGAACAUCCAGGCGGCCGGAAACACCGAGAGCAAGGCUGUCGUAGAGGCUACAGAGCUAACAGCAGAUAACAGCCCUACUGGAGGGACGGGGAUCCAGGCAGGUGAUGGUUCAGGGGGAGUGGGGGAGGUUGGGGCGGGGGGUGAGGCUGUGGGAGGCGGUGAUUUACCCUCUAACCUUCAGACGGAGGUUGUUUCCGACCCCGACACUGAGAUGGUCGACCUUCCUGCUCCUUCGGGGGUCUCAACUGUCAUUUCAACGGUCGUCUCAACGGUCGCAACCACCAACGGUACAAACGGGACGUCCGAUCCUCCGGGCAAAGACCCCCGGAGCCCCGAACACAAGAACCCUGACCCCCGGAGCCCUGAACACAAGAGCCCUGACCCCCGGAGCCCAGAGGGAACCUGCACCACCAACAACUUCUCUGAGAACAAGAUGUCUGGCGUCACCCCUCCAGAGACGGCGCAGGAGAAGAAGCAGGAGGAGAUCAGCGAUGACAGCAGCAACAACAACAACAAAACCUCAGAACCCUCCCAGCAUUCUUUGCCAGCUCUCGUCAGCAGUUUGGACAAUAAGAAGUAAUGCCAGGUCUAUCCAGUGGCGGGAAUUCAAACAUAUAUAUAUAAAAAAAAAAAGAGACUUUGCUUGUGCCCGACGGUGCCCUGAAGUUGCCAAUCUGUAUAAAUGUUGUUUGUUUGCAUCGUAUUGUCAGACUGUGUCAAUGGUAGAUAUACAGCCCAGGUCACAUGACUCUGGCGACGCACCAGUGUCAUCAUGCCAAUUAGUGAUAGACGUCCAGUGUGGAGAUGCUCAAAGGGAGAUUUAAUUCAUCAUCACACCAGUGUGUGCCUGUUAACGUGGCCCCUGUGUUCUCUGUUAGGGGUGGACAAAAAACGAGAGCAUGGAUCCGAUCUGUCAGGGGUUACUGGUCUAAAGAAGCAGUGUUGUGAUAGAGUAAUGAAAAGAGAGCCUGUGCACCCCCUCGUCCCAAUGAACCUAAACUUCUGCAACCCUGAUACCCUCUUCCUGUGAAAACCCCUGAACCCCAACCCAAUGUCACCUCCCCUAUCGUCCGCCGAACAUUUAGCUCUUUAUUAGCUUCGAAACUGGCUGCUUUUGCAACACUUUGGUCCAGGUCCGUUAUCCAAUCAGACCGUAAACAAUGACAGUGCACAGAAAAGGAAGUCCUGGGUUGAGCUAGGUUGUUCAAACACAGAAAAAGUCACCAAAAUGAUCAGGCGCAGGCAACAGGUCGUGGGGAAGUUGUUUUGGACGCGGAUUGGUGAUCCAGAAGACUAAGGUCACUCAUAGACCAAAAGGGGUUCAAUAUUCAAAGAACAAAUACUAGACCUUCUGUUGCAGGACCAAGCAUCCUUUAAACCAACCCAUAACUUCCAAACUACUAUCCAGCUGUAGACGCGUUCAUUCAACCAACAUACAUGACCUUCCCCUCGAGAAACCAAACAUUCCCCAGUCAUUCCUCCUGAACCCCAAAGGGUUUAGUACACUCCAUACAUGUUGGGAAAGUUAGAAGUAUCGUUGUUUGAAGCGUCCGGACCCCGUUAAACCAACACACCCAACUUUCAAAUCAGUCUGUGAACAUAACGUCUGUUCAUUUAGUUCCCCCUUAUUUUAACAAUGUGGUCACAUGACUCCUUCUGAUGUUACUGCAGAUCUGCUGUAAGCUAGCUAGCUAACCUAGUCAUUUCAGAUUUUCUGACAAACACAUGAGACGACUAAUUCUGAGACAGAGACAGUUGCAUCGUUUCUGAAGCUGCAGCGCGUUUGCACCUGUUUGCCACUGUACAGACAAGUUAGCGUCGCACAAAGAGAAUCUCACUGAUGUUUUUAGACUUCUCAAACAGUCUAGAACCAGAAACUGUGUUCAUUCAACAACAAAUAACCCCUCUGGUUACUAAAGACGAAACGUAGCUUCGCCAGUUCAAACAUCCCGUUCCAACAACCCUCUCCCAGUGGACCAAUGACCAAACCCCCCGAAUACUGACCCCCACACCCCUGGUCCCCUGACUUGAUGCAGAAGUGUUCGGCGGGACGAGGCCAGCUGUGGCCUCACAGAUGUUUCCAGUGGUGUCGGUCAAGUGUAGUGAUUGAGUUUUCAUUCGUGAGUCAAGUGUGUCAACUGAGCACUAAAUGUGAAAUUGCAAUAUUGCAAUGUCAACACAAACUAUAUCUGGGCUGUGUUUCUUUUUAUAGGAAAAGAUAUUCAGGUCUUCCUAGUCUUCAGAAUAAGUGCUUUCUGUUCCUGAACCUGCUGGACUGGCAUUAUCAACACAGUGGUGAUCUCUGCUUUCUGUCGAACCCUGAACUGCCAAAUGAUGUUGUCUCCAGAUCCAGCAGGGACCAGUCCGUCUACGGAAAGAUCAAAUCAUUGGCGUUGUGAGAUGUAUAGAUGCGUCCCCAGAUCGAGACAGGAGAGCUUACUAAACAAUAACCGAGGAUCUUCGGGUCUCAAAGGAACCACAAAUCCUGAGAUUAAAGCACAAGCUUGCUGCAUCACAAAGAAGAGCUUUUUGUAUGUUAAUAUGGAAACAGAGUAUGCAUCUCUUUGUUGUGAUGUGACUUAUCCCCACAUUGCCAAUAUUUUUCUAGGAGGAAUUCCAAACCUCUGUGUGACAUUGAAGGUGUGUUCCUGGGUUAGCAUCUCUCCCCUCUCUGGAGCUCGUCUGCGUUUCUCCGCUGAAUCAUGACUUCUGGCUCCUCCUCCACUAACGGUGCUUUCUGUUUCUUUCUUUCUGCUUAAAGUGUAGUCGUGAAAACACGUAUUCACCGCUGAGAAGCCAUGAAGAUGAUAGUCCUGAAAUCAUGAGAAGCUGUUACUGACGGGGAGUUAGCAGCCAUGCUAGUGGCCACGAGAAUGACGAUGAUAUUUUGGGUGAUCCGUCACUUCUUUUAUCAGCAGCCCCACGUUUAGUGAAAUAUCUCAACACUAGUUUUGCUAACAUUUCAGAUAUUCGCCACCAGGCCUUUCUUCAGACGUCCCAGUGAAGGAUCUCCCGGGACUCUGUUUUAUGACCAGAUUCACGUUAGCGUUGCCACUGUUAGCCUGUUAGCUUGCUAACUAUAGCAAUUAGCUCUAAUGGAAGAAGCUGCUAGCAUGGCUGUAGACUCGUGUUAGGAUGACAUUCUUAAAUAAUAUUACUAAGUGACAAACCUACAAUGUGUUCCUGUGCAACUGAUUUUAUAGAGUGCUAUGGCUGUCUUAAAGGUGGGAAUUAAAGUUAAAUAAAAACACAACAAGCUACUUCCUGUCUGAAACUAAGCCAGCGUUGAAUGGUCCUGAGGUUCCUCCAGAGGAUUCUCCCGGACGAUGCGUUUCUGCUGUGUGGGAACGUGGUUCUGUAGUCGUGAGCGCAGCGGUGAAUACGAUGUGUGGCGACUUUAAAAACAAGGUGUUACAUGUGUCUUUUUUAUCAUAUCAUAUUGUACCAACAUAUCUAACGCACCACGUUUUGAGUUUCUGACGUCAGCUGUACAAACUGCCUUCAUCAGGAGAUCCAGAGCAGAAGAGAGUUUCUACGACAAGGACAACAGGAAGUGGACGUUUGUUCCUCCUGAUUCUCGAUCGUUCGGUCUUAAACGGUUUUCUUUGCCCCCCCCCCCCCCUCUGUACAGUAGGUACCUCGAGUGCCUUUUCUUCAAACAGCAGAUAAUAUUUGUCUCUUGACUUGCACUGUGACUUGUAGAAACCCCCCCAGCCCUUCACUUCCUCAGGCAACGGAAACAUUUUCAUAUUUCUUCGUUUCUUCUCGACCACAUUGUGUUUCCUCAUUGUUUUUUAUUACUAUAGGAGUUGCCUUAAAUGUGUUUUAUUUUCCUUCCUGAGCGCGGAGAGAUCCCAGCCUGGUGGAUGUGGUGGUUUUGGUGGCGGGGGAAUCGCUCCAGAGAGAGAUUACUGGGAUGUUUGACAGCCGGACGUUUGGCGAUGCACUUUUUGUUUCGACCAGUAUUAUUGAUAUUAUUAUGGGCGUGUAGAAAAACAAAAAAAAGGAUCCGUCAUGAAUCGUUCCUCUCCCUCUUCGUUCCCUCGAUGCCGUGGUUCCUCGUCUUGUGUUUCUGGAUUUUCUGCUUAAAACAAGCUAACCGCGGCGCGCAGACCUGUCCUCGCAUGCCUUCUUAUGCAAACUUUUAUACCAGAUUUGUCAAACCUUUUUUAAAUAUGCAUUUGUUUUUUAACUUCUUUUUUUAUGUGAAACUCAAGUCACCUUUAUUCCGUUGAACAUUGUGCAGUUUGGGUGUUUCUCGUUUCUUCCUGACGUCGUGUUUAGACUUUCAUUUGGACUCGGCUAACGCACCAUGCUGAAUGUUUGGGGGGGGGGCGGGGCAGGGCUUUUUUAUUGAGUUAUCGGAUCCUAUUUGGUCUAAAAAGUGAAUCUAUCCGAAGAGAACGGCAAGGAUCUGUUGGUCAAAUCUGUUGGUGCGUUUUUAAAAAUCUGAUCUGAAUUGUUUUAUGUUUAUGGUUUAAGAAAAUGUUAAUGAGUGUUUUGCUAAAUCAACAAAAAGUGUUUAUUUUAAAUCCUCUUUGAAACAGGUGGAUGAACUCAGCGGUUCCUUUAUUUAAUCUGUGAAAAUAGGUAGAAAAAAUAAAUGUAAGGGUAAUUUUAGAUGACUGUUUGUUGUUGUAAUACUCAUUUUGACCACAAGAGGUUGACGUACUCUCCUGUUUUAAACACUUGUUCUUUCUUCAUGGUGGUUUUUAAAUCACUUCAUGAUCUCUAAACACACAUACUAAUAUGUAAAUAUAAUAUAUACUUCACCUCUUGUGGUUUAAAUUAGUAUUACAUUUAAAAUACUGGUUAAAAAUAGUUUUCAUAGAUUAAAAAAAUAGGUUUUUAUUAGCUUAGUGUGUGUGUUGUUGUAAUACUCCUUUUGACCACAAGAGGCUGUGACUUCAUGCUCCCUAAACACAAUAUAGAAAUAUAAAAUAUACUUCACCUAUUAUGGUUAAAUUAGUAUUGCAUCAAUAAAAACUGGCAAAAAUAAGUCAAGGAUAAUUGUAUUAGAUGAGUGUUUGUUGUUGCAAUACUCAUUUUGACCACAAGAGGCUGAAGUGCUCGCCCAUGUCCUUUAUACUAAAAAACAACCUGUUCGUUUUUGUGUUUUUUAAAUUACUUAAUGCUCUCUAAUCACACUACUAAUACUUAAAUAGAACAUAUACUUCACCUCAUGUGGUUUAAAUUAGUAUUACAUCAAAAAAACUGGGGGAAAGUGUCACUUAGGGUUUGUUGUUGUAAUACUCAUUUUGACCACAAGAGGCUGAAGUACUCGCCCAUGUUCUUAAUACUAAAAAACAACCUGUUCGUUUUUGUGUGUUUUGUAAUGACUUCAUGCUCCCUAAACACAAUAUAGAAAUACAUACAUAUAAAAUAUUCUUCACCUCUUGUGGUUUAAAUUAGUAUUACAUCAAUAAAAACUGGCAAAAAAAAGUUAAGGAUAAUUUUAUUAGAUGGGUUUUUGUUGUUGUAAUACUGAUUUUGACCACAAGAGGCUGAAGUGCUCGCCCAUGUUCUUAAUACUAAAAAACAACCUGUUCGUUUUUGUGUUUUUGAAAUGACUUCAUGCUCUGAACACAACAUAGAAAUGAAUUAAUAUAAUAUGUACUUCACCUCUUGUGGUUUAAAUUAGUAUUACAUCUAAAAAACUGGGAGAAAAGUGUGUUCGCUUAGAGUGUGUUGUUGUAAUGCUCCUUUUGACCACAAGAGGCUGAAGUACUUGCCCAUGUUCUUUAUAUUUAACUAUAUACAAAUACAUAAAUAUAACAUAUACUUCACCUCUUGUGGUUUAAAUGAGUAUUACAUCAGUUGCACAAUUUCACAAAUAGCAACAAAAACGAUCUGCUUUUUCCCCACUUGCUUCACAAAAGGAAAAAGAUCAACGCAGGAACAUUUUAACCUUUUAAGUCCUGAACACAAAUGCGUCACCUUUUUAUUUUUGCCCUUCCGUACAUUUUCAGUAAUUGAUGCAUAUCGUUUAUUAUGAUUUGACGCUCAUCUCGUGGAUUCUUCUGAAAGCAGUUCUUUAUUUUAACGAACGAUCAAGUCCUGAUUGUGGCCUUCUAGUAUUGUGUGGAGACAUCGACCCGCUGUCCAUCCCGUCCGGAUCCAACUGUUCGCCCCGAGCUUCUUACCUCGUCGUCCACGGCUAAUCCAUCGGGGUGUUGACUGCAAAAAAAAAAAAAAAAAACACAAAAUAAAGUCUUUUUGUAUCUUCCAUCCGGUGAGGCAUUGUAGCGACGGAGAGGUCACCCGGUGUGCUGAAUAAUGUGUAGGAAUUACACACUGAAUAUUUGUAUAAUUGUUUGUAUUUUUUCAUAAUGAUUUUGGAAAGGAAUGUGUUUAUUUUUUGACUUGUGUUCCAGACGUGUCUUCUGUUGGCCUGACAUGGGGGCGGUCUGCUGGGAUCCUUACCUCUGUAUUGAGCCUAUUCUUCUGUGAUGACUUCUUUGUAUGCAGUGUUUAGGAAAUACUGUGGGGAACAAGGGGAGGAGUUGAUAUUAGGAGCAUUUGAUCAAUUUGUAUUUAUUUAUUUUAUCAUUUUGUUAAUAAAUUGUGAAAAUCA